CCCACUAACUCAUACACCUAUGACACAUUUGACCUCAACUACAGUUACGUGUCGUUGUCGAGAAACCUCGUUUCGCACUGAUUUGAUUUGAUGGUUAACCCGAAGUUUAUUUAACGAAUUUCUAUAAUAGCGUUGUUCUGCCUGGGGGCGUGCCUCCACGUGCGAGCUAUAUGGCACGAUUCAUUUCUAUCUGUUAAUUAGUAGCACUUUUAAUAAGGGUAAUUUAACUUUCUUAAUUUGUAGUCAUUUAAAUGCAUCUCAAACUCUUGUCUAUGGAUCCUUUAAUGCCUAAACCGGACCGCGUUCACAACAUGUAGUUAAAUGCGCGUGCUUUUCUCACUGACUGUGCCGCGUGAGCUUUCAAUUCCCGUUUCGUGUCUGACACUGAAGCUGAACGAGCCCGUUUCGUCUCAUAAGAACCCGAAGCAUGGAGCACACCGGCUGCGUCAACAUCUGCAGUCUCACCAGCACCUUACCGGUGAUCCCGUAUCGGAAACUAACAGACUUGCACUACAUUAGCAAUGGAGGGUUUGGAACCGUGUUCAGGGCGCAGCACAGUGACUGGCGCACCACAGUCGCGAUCAAGUGCUUGAAACUGGAUUCACCGGUUGGGGAGAGGGAAAGAAAUUGUUUACUGAAAGAAGCUGAGGUGCUUCACAAAGCUAGAUUCAACCACAUCAUCCAGAUCUUUGGGGUGUGCAACGAGCCUGAAUUCUUCUGCAUUGUGACAGAGUACAUGACCAAUGGAUCGCUAGAUGAGCUGCUACAUGAGAAAGAUAUGUACCCAGUGGUGGCCUGGCCGUUAAGACUUCGUAUUCUUUAUGAGAUUGCUCUUGGGGUCAACUUCCUCCAUAAUAUGACCCCACCUCUUCUACACCAUGAUCUCAAAACUCAGAACAUAUUGCUCGAUGGAGAGUACCAUGUCAAGAUAGCUGAUUUUGGCUUGUCUAAAUGGCGUCAGCUCUCUAUCACUAAAGGGUCUAGCUCAAAACCUGCCGAAAUGGGAGGCACCGUCAUCUAUAUGCCACCGGAGGAGUAUGAGCCCUCCAAGAACCGUCGAGCUGAUGUCAAAUAUGACAUGUACAGUUAUGCCAUCAUCAUGUGGGAGGUGCUUUCAAGGCGGAUACCAUAUGAAGAGGCCACCAACCCCAUGCAGAUCAUGUUCAGUGUUCUGCGAGGAUCUCGGCCUGACACCGGCCUAGAUAGUCUGUCGGCAAACAUUCCCAGCAGAGAGACCCUCAUUAACCUCAUGACCUGUGGCUGGACCACCAACCCAGAUGAACGUCCCUCUUUCCUUAAUUGCCUUAUCGAGCUGGAGCCCAUGUUGAGAAGGUUUGAUGAGAUUGAUGUCUUAGAAGCAGUGCUGACAGUCAAACGGACAAAAUAUAUGAGGCCAGCAAACAGCUGCUCAACUCAUACAACUGGAAAAAGAAUGGAGGAAAAGAUUGUGAAGGAACACAAUGUCCCCUGGCCAGACAAUAGUUCCACAUCUGGAUCGGGCUCCUGCUCUUCCCAGGAAGCAGAAAUGUCCCAUCCGGGCUUCCUUACCAUAUCGAAUCCCUCUCAAGGUCUGUCAGCUGCUCAGUGUGGCCCACAGUCAUCAUUAAUGUCAGUUCCACUGGAUCCUCCAAAGCCUCUGGUGGACCACUGCUCCCGGAACAACCCGAGCCCCGAGUACCCGAUGGCCCAGCUAGUGUCUGACUUCAACAUACCCAUUAAACCACAGUCGCCGAAUGAGAGCGACCUGGCUCUUGCCAUACAACCACUCACUCUGCAGCCACACCCACAAGAUUUACCCACAGCAUUGGACUCUCAAGGUCCUGUGGCACGCUGGAUCGCAUCCCGACGUGAGGAAGUUGUGCGGCAGAUGACAGAGGCAUGUCUCAACCAGAGUUUAGAUGCUCUGUUGGCCCGCGAGCUGCUCAUGCGUGAGGACUACGAACUGGUUGUGAACCAACCCACACGUACCGCCAAAGUGCGGAAGCUUCUGGACACCUGCGAGCGGCAUAGCGAGGAGUUCUGCCGUGUGGUGGUGCGUAAACUCCAGGACAACAAACAAAUGGGGCUGCAGCCCUACCCUGACCUCCGUAACAGCAGCCCUCCACCUCCCUAUACCGCCCCCAGUGCCCCCUUCCUCUCCAACUCCUUCAACAACACUCGAAACAUCUUCUGACCUUCUCCCAACCCAACUCCUAUUCCCUGCUUUUGAACUGGAGAAAUGUGAGUCCUCCUUUCAGUUUACGAUUCCACUGAAGAACGGUUCCUGUUCACUUGCUCUUACUUUAUUCGUGCUGCUUAGACUAUACUUUGUGGGCCAGGACAAGUCUUGGUGGUUGGUGUUGGUACUCGUGACACACUUUGUAUGGUAUGAACUUUUGAACAAUUGUAUACUACAUCCAUUGACCGCUUUGCCACGGCAAGAAAGACUUAAAUGGACAUAGUUUAGUACAGCUCAUGUUGACUUCUGCUGCUGAUUUUUAGGUGGCGUCACUGGCUUAAGUUGAAUGCCUAAAAUCUUGAUUAUUGUGGCUGUACCACAUUGUCAUAUUUAAACUUGAUUCCACCUGUCAAAAGAAUCUGGUUGCUGCUACUUUGAAAGCAGUGAAGCACUUAAAAGGGUAGUUUACUCAAAAAUAAUUAUUUAAUCCUGUUAUUAACUCGUGUCUUUGACUUACUUUCUUAUGUGGAAAACAAAAGGAGAAAUUUUUUAAAUAUCCUGGUGCGUCUUUUCCAUACAAUGGCAGUGGAUAUAGUGACUCACUUUAAAGCUUUAAAAAGGACCAAAAAAGUAUAAUAAAAGUAGUCCAUGCUGCUUUGCAUCAUAAAAUGUACAUUUCUCGAUUUAUGUUCCACUGAAGAAAGAAAGUCAUACAGGUUUGGAAUAACAUGGUGAGUAAAUAAUGACAAUUUUAGGGUGAACUAUCCCUAUAAGUAAUCAAUCCUGCCUCAUCAUUAGCAUCUUUCAUGCCAGCACAUUUUAUAAAAAUGUUCAACCAUAUGAGGUAACAAUCGACUCCAGCGAGGCAGUGUCCUCUUUCCACCCUUGAAAGGAACAUCAACAUAACUGUAUGAUUGCAUGUGCAGACUUGAAGAAGUUUCUGUCUUCCUUCAUGUAAACCAGUGCUUGUUUUUCUCACAGUGAGACUCUAAAUGAGGUCUGGUCAUUUUGACAGUCGUUUUACUUUGUGUUUGAUUCUGUUUGUGGGUUACAGUCCAUUUUGUUUGACAGUGCACAGAUAUUCUCAGAGUUCUCUUUUUGGCUUUUAUGACUACAGCUCCUUUUCGUUCUAAAAUACUAAUGAACUUCGGAAUGGGCAGUAAAUUGGAGACUUGACCACUUUUUUAUUUUUAUGGAAAUAAUCUCUACCAGUUUAUCGUCAGAAUAGGUUGGCAUUGAGACAAAAUGAUAUGUCAGUCUUUCCUUGCUUUUUCACAUUUUUGUACUGUAGCAUCCUGAUCAUAAGCAGUACUAGACAGCACACACAAUAGAUCUUAUGCGCGGUAGCCCAUCUUUAUGAAUGACAACGAGGUUGGGAGGGGAUGGAUUUACCAUCUCUUCAGUGGCACGAACGGUAUAAAGCUGUAUAAAGCUCCUUGAUCACAUCUGAUUUUCCACAACUCAUGUUGUCUGGAGUUCUUUGCAUACUGAAUGUCCUUGGACAGAUAUUUCAAAGUUUUGUCCGCAGAACGAUCCAAAAACACUUUAAACUGCAGGACAGCCCAUUGAAGAGACAGUCCAUCCCUCACAGCCUCGUUGUCAUUCCCAUUAAAAAUCAAAGAUGGCGCUAGCGUGAAUAAGGUCUGAAGCCAUAUCAGCCCGAUUAGAAUGGGGCGGUGCAGUGGACUCUAUAAUGGUGCAUAGUCAACUUUGAACUUUGUAUUAGUAAAACCACAAACCCUUCCAUCUCAGUUACAUUUUUGCCAUUAUCAAAAGAUGCUUAGGUGGCAAAUGACAAACAUUAACUCAUUAAACAAGGUGAGCAGUUUGCCUCACCUGCCUAGCUUAUUAUACUUGGUAAAAUAGUCAUAAGUAUAGUGACAAAAGAUUGGUGAAUCCCAUGAAAACAUGUCCAAAUCCAAAGAAAACUAUACAUUUUAUUUAUGCAGAAAGAAAAUGAAGCUUUUGUACAUUUUAAGGAUUUUUUGAUUUAUUUUUUUUUGCAUUGAACUAUUUUCAUUACAGUUAGACUUUCAUACUAUAAUACAGUGAUUUUUAUAUAUAUAUAUAUAUAUAUAUAUAAAUCAGCAUGAAUUAAAGGAAUAUUUUAUGGGUUCAAUACAAGUUGGCAGCACUUGUGGCAGAAUGUUGAUAACCACAAAUACUAAUUUCGUUUAUAAAAAAAAAAAAAAUAAAAAGAGAGAAAAAAUUGUGGUUACAGUGAGGCACUUACAAUGGAAGUGAAUGGGGCCAGUCAAUAAACCUUAAAAUACACUGUUUCAAGAGUAUAGCCACAAGACGUAAACAUUUAUAUAUGUUAAUAUUAUUUUAGUGUGAUAAAAUCUCUUAUCUACAUGAUUUAAUUGUGAUUUUGACCGAUAUAUCAGAUUUAACAAUUAAUAAAGGUCGAUAGUUGUGUUUUUAACUAUCUGCUAUCGGAAAAAGAAUUAAUUCUGAUAGUUUCCGAUAGUUAUUUUUGGUUUCAUGUUAACACGGAUGAUGUAUUCAUCUUGUGGCUAUACUUUUGAAACAAUGUGUAAUAUAACAUUUAUGGACUGGCUCCAUUCGCUUCCAUUGUACGUGCCUCACUGUAACCAUAAUAUUAAAAAAUAAAUAAUUUUUUUUAUAAUCUUUUUAAUUAUUUUAAUGUUUAUAUAUUAUCUAUCUAUAUAUAUUAUUAUCUAUCUAUAUAUAUUAUUAUUAUUAUUAUUAUUAGAUUUUUUUUUCUAAUAAAAAAGGGAAGAGCCUCUUAUUUUUUUUGUGGUUAUUAACAUCCACAAAUUAUUAAAUUAUUAAUUCACAAAUGCUGUCAAUUAAGCUUAAACUUUAUUGAACGUUCAAAGGCAGUAAAAGAAAUACUGAAUGCUAAAUUGUCUUGAAAAUGUCACAAUGCAUAAAAUUUUAAUGUUCCUAAAAUAGCCUUUUUGUCAAAUAUAUAUAUAUAUAUAUUUCAUUAAGAAGUGAAAUAUGACCUGGAUAUGUUCUUGACAGGUUUCGUGAGAUUCACCCAACCUGAUUUGUGUUGUGUUUAAUACAGACACCUGUGACACUGGCUCCAUAUGUAGCAUCAAACAUUGAUUGCAGUUUACAGCACUUUUCCUUAAAGUAUAAUCGACAUAUCAUUAAGCAACCGUAUAAAAUAUACAGAGGUUUGCAUCACCACAGCUUGGUACAUUUUGAAAAAGGCUUCUAGACGCUUUUAUCAAGGAACUCAUGACUCCUUUGCCACCAUUUAUACAACAGAGUUACAUGUUCAGACUUCAGACCAGCAGUUAUUCUCCAUGGAGUUUGAAGAUUUGAAUACAAAAUGAAUGUUUCUGAUGAGUCUUGUGUUAAGUAUUAUUUAAGUUUGAAAUUAUUUAGAAAUGAGACCAAAGCAAUACAUUGAGUUAGCACUAUAAAUACAGGCUCUUCUGAUCUUCAAGCAGAACUCAAAUAUAAAUUCUGGAUGAUGAAUUAAAUUUGUGAAUAUGCUUUGAUCUUCAUUGUGUUGUUUCAACUCAAAACACAAUUAAGCCAAUCAUAUGCUUUAUGAAUGAAGUCUUUGAUAAAUGUUUUGCCCCUUCUGUCUUUUUUGUCAGUGUUGAACUUAUUGAAAAGGCUUUGAAAUGCCUGUGAUAUUGAUUUUUGCAUGCUUCUACACUGUUGAUUUCCCCUCUGGGUGAACGGAGUUAGUUUAGAGGCCUUUUUAUUGCAGAAUUUCUACCAGUAUCUAGAGGUGACAGUAUUUUAAAAAUGUUCCUCGUUUGAUUUCACAGUUUAGUACAUGGAAUGUCCUGAAAUUGGUUCUUGUCUUUUAUGUUCCCUUUUUUAAAAACUUUGAAGGUGCAAUUUUGGGCUUUGUAAUUCCUUGGGUCUCAUAUAUAUCAGAAUAAUUCAGUUUCUGUAGAAAAAUUGAGUCAAAGUGUCAAAAGACACCAGUCUUGCCUUUUGUUGAUCAGUUGGUGUUUAAUAGUAUCAUCUUGAUUUCAGUGACUCAGAUCUCUAGAAAUGUCCUUUAUAUUUACAGUUUUUUUUUUUUUUUUUUUUAAUGUCUAAGGUUUGGGACCAGUUACAAUAUCAACAGUAUAUAUGAACAGUACUUGUUUUGUAUUUAUUUAUGAAGUUAUGGCUAACAUUUACAUGCUUCUUAAGUGGUUUAUAUUGGGUAGUUGUAUUUUUCUGUAUAGCUUUUCAUUUGAACAUGUCAUUAUAAUGUUUCAAAGUGCUGUGCCAAUCCAGUUAUUGCUAUGUGGCUAAAUGCAUCUUUAAAUUAUUCAGAGGCUGAAUAUACAUUGACAUAUUGCUGAGCUGUGUGCUAAUGCUCAGUCAAAUUUUAAAUUGCCGAAACGGUCUGUAUAGGUCUGGAUACAGAUGUUGCUUGUUACAACAUUUUCAUGCAUAUCUCAUUUUUAAUAUAUAUUUAGUUGCAAUGACAUUACUACUGAUAUCAAUGUUCGUUCUUGACUUUUGAGCUGUUAGAUUGAACACAAAUGUCUUGUCAUCAAGUAUUAAAUAUAAAAUGACAAUAAUGUAUAGCUUAUGUAGCAAUGGAUAAGUAGCAGUUCACUGGUACUGUGUGAUGAGGAACUUCCACAAAUGGUAAACUUGAAAGUGUUAUUAAAAUGUAUAGAAUUUC